UUUUAUAUGUAUUACUGUAAAAAAUAAAAAUUAAUGUAAUGCUUUUAAAUUUAAGUAAAAUCAUUUGAAAUUAUACACAUUGUGUUAUAUAAAUUAUAAUAAGUAAGCUAUUAUUGGAUGAGCAUUCUACAUUCCAGUGGUUACUUUAAAAAUCAACCCUACGAAGUGAAAAUUAGAUAUAAGAAAAAUCAGCCGGGUGCUAGUUUGCCUAUUUAGAACAAAUUAAAUUAAAUUAUAUUAAUUUAAUUAACACCUGUCUUUGACAGAGAAGUUGUAUCGUAGAAUAGUAAAGCGGGUAUAUCCAGCUCCGGCAAAUAAUCACACAAAAGGGUCACAAUGUUUGAGGAUGCUGAGAAUUUUGCGGAUAUUUUCCGCGGUGGACUGCCAUAUCUCCUGAUUGCAUUGCCCGUUUUACUCAUUUGCUCUGCUAAUCCUGCUUUGGCAUCCAGUGAAUUCUCCGUGCAGCGGAUGUCACAGUACGAUGUAAAUGGUGUGGCUUAUGGAUGCCGUGCAUCUGCAUUAUCGCUAGAAGCGAAAUCGCUUUAUACUUGGAGUACAGGCAGGCACUGUGUGGUUGCAAAAUUACAAGAUAUAACUAUCGAUCAAUUCCGUGAAAUACGACAAAAGACAGGUGGUUUGGUCAUACUACUGCCGCAAAAUGUCAGUGGUAUGACAUUUGAGGAAAAGGAGCACCUCAACUUGCUCGAACAAGCUAUGUUGGCGCAACCUAACUCAAUACCAAUAUACUUUUCACCAUAUAAACCAGAGCUCGAUCGCAUUAUAACAGACGUCACAAGAACUACUAGCAAUAAUGUUGAGGGUAAAGCACAACGCACCUCAGCGGCUACAGAGCUGCUAUCUUCAAUAUCAGCCAAUGGUUAUCAGGUUAUUGUAUCUGGUGCGAGUCAUUUAGCUAGCAAAAGCAGCAAGAUACCCAUUAUACAAGGUGAACUGGUUGCCACAACUAAACUUUUGAAACAAGUGGAAAAUGGCGGUGAAUCGAACAGCAAAUUGCCAUUAAUCAUCAUAACCGCACAUCUCAACACAUUCGGAUUGUACAAUGAAUACCCAUUAAACGCCGAUGCCGCUGUGUUGCUAACACUCGCUGAUGUCUUUAGCAAAUUGCACAGCACCCCUAAUGCAGUGCCGAAAUAUCGCUUAUUAUUCUUACUCACAGAAACGGGCACACUGCUAAAUUUCCAAGGUGUCAAAAAGUGGCUCGAUGAGAAUGUGCAACUGCAGGAAGACAUCGUGUCCAUUACAGGCACUUUAAUUGCGGCCAAGAAUCCAACGAAUAUUAAAGAAGAGAACGUUGAUUUCGUGCUCUGCUUGGACACAAUCACCCAGUCGUUGAACGCUGAACCUGGCAACCUUUACAUGCACGUCUCGAAACCACCUAAAGAGGGCACCGCAAUGAAUGAUUUCUACAAGUUACUUAAAACCAUAGCCGCACAAUAUGGCAAUGUUUCGGUCGAUGGCGUACAUAAGAAAAUCAAUUUGGCCGAUCAGCAACUCGCCUGGGAGCAUGAACGUUUCAGCAUGCGCCGUUUGCCCGCAUUCACCAUAUCCGCAUUGAAAUCACCCAAAGAGCCAGUACGCGCCACUAUAUUCAAAGACUCCGAGGAGCAAAUCAUUGCGCAAACACAACAACAUGCCAAAAUCUUAGCUGAAACAUUAGCACAUUACGUGUAUGGGCUGCAAGAACCAUAUGAAAUCUUCGCUGGACCACUGGCAAUCAACAAGAAACUCAUUAAAGCCUACCUGCAAGUUAAAUCUGCGCUACACAAUAAUGACCUGAAGAACGCUUUCGAAAAGUACCUUAAGAAUGUCAAGAUCAUGUAUGAUAAACCUGACACACGCGAUCCGGACUUUAUGUUCUACGAUGGUCAAGAGGCGCGCCUCAAUGUAUAUCACGUGAAACCUGCCAUUUUCGAUCUCUUCCUCACCAUACUCAUCUGCGCAUACCUCGGCUCCGUGUACUUUGUCAUACAAUUCUUCCCAGCGUUAUAUGAUACAGUUUGUAAAAUGACCAAAGCGCAAGCGCAACUGACGCAAACGAAUUCCAAUAAUACAAAGUCAAAAGUAAAUUAGAAACUUAUUUCAAAAGCAAAAAACAAUGAGAGCACUAUAAAUAGUAAUAUUUUUGAAGAACAGAGAGCAGAACUUUAAUGUACCCAUUGUACAAAUGUAAAGAGACAUUUACUUGAACACUUACGAACUAGAUUAGAACAAUUAAAACUGGCAACCAAAUAAAUAGUUUUAUACAUAUGCACAUAUGUAUGUAUGUUGGUAGUGGCGAAAUUUUGUAUGACACACAACAUUUGAAGUGAAUUUUAUAAAAGUGAGACUCGCAAUGCAAGUAAGAUAAGUAAUAAAAUCAGUAAUUCAUUUAUUAGUUGUAUACGUAAUUUGUGCAAGCAAGUUGGUGAAAGGUUGUUAGCGUAAACGAAAAAAAAAUGAUAAUAAUAAAAUAAAAUAUAAAAAACUAAAAAUAAAAAAAUAUAAAACUAUUAAGCAGUAUUGUAAACAUGGUUCAUUUCCACGUGCAUUCACAAGUAUGUCUGUACCGUUAUUAAUAAUAAUUAAAUUCGACAUAAGAAAUUGUGCCAUUACUG